AUGAACACGCGAGUAUUUGUUGGAGGAUUAACAUACCGGGUGCGAGAGCGCGACCUCGAGAACAUGGUAGGGACAAGGGUCUAUGUCGGUGGUCUACCAUACGGCACCAGGGAGAGAGACCUUGAGAGGUUUUUCAGAGGAUACGGUCGUUUUCGUGAUGUUCUUAUCAAGAACGGCUACGGGUUCGUUGAGUUUGACGACUACAGAGAUGCCGAUGACGCAGUCUACGAGCUCAAUGGUAAAGAACUACUGGGCGAAAGAGUGGCGGUCGAGAUAGCACGGGGUGUUUCAGGGAGACGAGGCGACCGUGGCUACGGACGCUCACGCUCCUGGAGAGACAAAAUUACUGUAGAGAGGGCCCGGGGAACACCUAGGGGUAGUGACCAGUGGCGCUAUGGUGACUCCCGUGGUGGUUACGGGGACUCGAGACGAUCUGCAGAUAGUGUGAACAGAAACACAAGGACUGCAUCUAGCUACAAGCAAUCAUUGCCCAGAUAUGGACCACCAACCAGGACCGAGUAUCGUUUGACAGUGGAGAAUCUAUCAAGCCGCGUUAGCUGGCAGAUAAGAGGAGAGGACGUCGUUCCCGCUCGUCAAGCUCUAGAUCCCGCUCACGAUCACGCUCACGUUCCCGUCGUCGUUCACGCUCUCGCUCACGAAGUCGCCGCAGCUCUCGCAGCCGUAGUCGCCGUAGCAGUCGCUCCAAAUCUCGAGCACACUCGAAAUCUAAAUCCAAAUCAAAGUCCAAGUCUGUUGAGCGCAGCCGUUCACGUUCAAAGUCAAAACCGUUCUAAGUCUAAGUCUAAAUCUAGAUCUCGCUCUAGAUCUAAGAAUGAAAGAUCUAAAUCACGAUCUCAGUCGAAAUCAAAAGCUAAAUCACCUUCAAAGGAACGUUCAAGCCGUGAGCGUUCAAGAGGUGACAGAUCACGAUCAAGAUCAGUAAGCAAACACAGCAAAAGCCACAGUCGUUCACGAUCACCAAUGAAUGGUGUAAAGUCACCUCAAAGUAAUGAAGACAAAGAAGAUUGA